AUGUUCGGCUAUUAUUACGCGGUGUAUGUACAUUGUCUAAACAAGCGAGCUUUCAUCCCAAACCAAACGGCCUUUCGCGUUCGUUGGCAUCGAUCCUCUUAUCAACACAAUGACCUUUUCAUCGCCGGACAUGGCGCACUGCGACGGACUUCGACGCUACCAAAGAGUCGGUACUGGCACUGCCCGAGCUUGAUCCAUGCCCUGCAACAACCGUACAACAACCCAUUUCAGUUUCCAACGACAACUCCCCGUUGUGUCUCCUGGCCACCGACAACGCAACUUGUCGCGACAACCAACCGACCAGCCGUCUCUCCAUCGACAACCCCCAGCUUUUCACUGCAUGCUCUAAAUCGCCUUCUCGGGAAACAGUCGCCGCGAUGGCUGCCGCAACCAACAAAUAAGCUCUCCAAGCCAGGCAAUUGGAAGGAAGCCACAACACCGCUUGACAACGAGGAAAAGAAAAGGGCCAAAGAGAACGCCGCCCUUCCGAGCCCCAUCAUCAAUCAACUAGACCCCCCCGCACAAGUCACAUUCGACACCGGCCGGCCGCUUGACGAUGUUCCCGAUCUGAUCUACUGCAAGCUCUGCAAGAAGGGAGUCAUCAGGACCUCUGGGAAGGAGCAUAUCGACGAAUGUCUUCGUAUCAAGAGGGAAAAGGCGCAACGUAAAAAGGAGGCCCGCGAGGCACGUGAGCGCGCCAAGGAGGCUGCUCGCGAGGAGGAAGCCCGCAAGAACGACCCCGACGGCGCUGCGGGCCGCGACGAUGACGACAGCGACGCCGACGAGCCCACCGAGAGAAAGGGAAACGGUGGAAAGACGACAAAGAAGGCUACCGGCAAGAAGCCCGAUACCGGCGGAAAGAAAAGGAAAGCCGAGGGAGACCUGGAGAAGGGCAAGGCCAAGAAGAAGAAGGAUGAACCGAAACCCAAGACCGCCAAGCCCAAGGGCCCUGUGGAUGUUGAGAGGCAGUGUGGUGUCAUCUUGCCCAACGGGCAGCCUUGUGCCCGUUCGCUCACGUGCAAGAGUCACAGUAUGUCGGCCAAGAGAUCCGUGCCGGGGCGAUCCCUACCGUAUGAUAUGCUCCUUGUGGCAUACCAGAAGAAGAAUCAAGCAAAGCAGCAACGAGCCGCCAUCGACGCCAAUGCCCCGUUGGAGGACGACGACGAUCCGAAUGCCGGUGCGGUGGACAGUGACGAGGAGACAGCUGCCGUUAUGAACGCCCUGGCGAACUGGCGACCGCAACCGGUUGUCCCUCAACCUAUCAUUGCACCGAUCAAGAGGCAGUACCAGCUGGCACGGUUGCACGAGCAACUCCAGACCGUAACGAACGGCGGCCGACUCAACAUCUUCAAGGUUGUUGGAUUUGGUGCUCAGAAGCUCCCGGAGGGCCAUCCCGGUCUCUAUCAGCAAGAGGAGGAGCAUGCCGGUGACCCUGACGUCUCCAUGCAAGAAGUAUUUUCCCGACGUUCAUCGACUUUCAGUCUUGCAGGACCACCGCAGCGAAGGCCAUCACUGGUACGGCAAAUUUUGCCGCCACAUGUGUCGGAUUUUAUGAAGAGUCCCAGGGACCCAAGGCGCCCAGCCGACACAAAGGAACAAUACCUCAGACAGACAUUUGCUCCUGUUAGGAGAGACGAUAGCGUCCGAUCACCUCAUCCAGAAAGUUCAUCUAGACCUGGAACUGGGGCAAGCUCACAUAAGCCGCCCAGGCAGGCAUACCCCGCACAAAAACCUCCAAGCCGCGAUGCAGAGCGGACUGUUGCCCGUCCAGGACCGACUAAACAUUACUACAACGAAUCACCCGCUCGGAAGGAUUCAGUUGGUGUCGCGCUUCGAGGAGGCGGCUCAGAAGUCGGAUCGCCAAGAACGCAUAACCUUGUGAGCCCAGCAGCCGCACAGACCCCAGCUCGACAUCCAAGUCGGCGGCUGUCCUCAGCAUCACCCGGUCAAAACUCUCUACACCUGAGUCCCCAUGUUCCGGACGAAGUUCGCGCAAUGGAUGCUAAGAUAUGUCCAGAAAUCUCACCGGAAGAAAUGGACAUGCUUCGGGAGAUAUACAUUGCUUGUCAGCAGCACCCGGAAAAGUUUGAUGAGUACCGUCAGGAAUACCAAGCUUAUCAGCAACGACUACAAGCACAAAAGGGCUUAAGCGGAGGAAAACAACCAACCGGACCUCAGUCCGCAAGCCCAGCGACUGAGGUUCCCCCUCGUUCAACGUUUGAUAAAACCGAACAUCAUGAAACUCAGCGUGCGCUGGAACAAGCGCAAUUCAAACCUACUUGCUCCCCUCGCCACGGCUCUAGUACGGUUUUCCGUGGCGGCACUGCUUCCCCUUCGAACACCCUAGCAGGCACACGCCAACGGCCGGAAGUAUCGUCACCGGUAACCAGCACACAGCAAAGUUUACCCGACACUCCACAUACCCCUAGGAAUCAUCAGCGCAAGCGGUCUGGUCCUAUACCACGAAUAAUACUCAAGGUACCGAAGCGUACCCUGCAACCGAAUAUGGGCGUUUCACCAAUGAAAGGAGGUUCUCAACGAGAUGUUGUGAGUUCACCGAGGAAAACUCACGGCCCAGUGGGAGGCAAAAGCCUCAAGGACUCUUCGGUCGAGGAGAGCAGUCUGGUUGGUACUGAUGACUAG